GGAAAUUUGAGGAUCUCUGGAACCCCAAAUUGGAAUCUCUCUCCGCAUAUCAUAUCGGGGGAAAACAGUUGCCGCGUUUUGGAAAUAACCAAGUGAACUCAAGGGGUUUGCCCACACCUCCCAGAAGAAGGUGAUUAAGGUUGAGAUAGUCGUAGCUCUCUACGCCAGAGGUGUAAUCAGAGUUCUCUAGUACUGAUAGCUGACAGCCCACUGGCCAUGCGAUAGCGUUUGGUAGCAGAUUCGCAGACAGAGCUGAGGCAAAAGUGGCAGCUUAUCGCAUAUUUUAGCAUUGGGGAAACACUCGCUCAUAUAAAAGAACCACGAAUGGACUCUAGAGUACACAGUCUUUGCGAAGAAUUACGAUGAUAAGGUUGCUAAUUAUCCUGCUGCUUGGCACAACUGCUGCUGCAAAUGUUCAACGUGGAUUAGGCCUGAGUUACUUGGGCUUGGAGUUCUAUAGACAGCUGGAGAACUUCACCUUAGCGGACGUUGAUACACAAUGUGCUCAGGAUCUCGCCCAGGUGCAGCUUGCACUUGGCAACAACACCAAUUGGGCGCUGCAAAUGCUCGACUCUUGGGGUUCACUGCCCUCGGGAGUGCUGCAGGGCAACACCAGGAGUUUGGGCAACUACGACGAGUGCCUGAGGAUCAAUCAACAAAUUUCCACUGAUUACACACUCCAGGGCAAGUACUGCUUUGCCAGGCUGCCUGUGGGUCAGCUCUUUCAGAGCACAUCGAAUGCCAAUAUCGCUGUUUGUUUUCCCACCACCUGCGAUAGCACAGAUAUGGAUAUCCUGCUGCGCCAGCUGAUGGAACAACUCGGUCUUGAGGUGGAUGAGACUGCAGUCCUGGUGACUGAAAGUACCUGUAAGACAACUGGUCGUGAACCCUUCGACUGGCUCACGAUAUUCACCAUUGUUCUUUGCUCCGUUCUGGGACUGUUUGUUCUGUUGGCCACACUCUACGAUUACUUCUUCUGUGAGGAUCCAAGUCAACUCCCGCAACUGGUUAAAGCGUUCUCAGCACGUGUCAACUCGGGAGCAUUGUUUCGCAUUUCGAGUAACUCGAAUCCGAAUAUGAUCAACUGCCUGCAUGGCUUGCGCUGUAUGUCCCUCAUCUGGGUUAUCUUUGGUCAUGACUACAUUAUCGCUCUCAAGUCGCCGAACAUUAAUCGCAUGGAUAUGUUUACGUGGGGAGCAACACCUUUUCGCAUGUUCAUCCAGCAGUGCAUCAAUGCCGUGGACACCUUCUUCUUUCUCAGCGGCAUGCUGGUGGUCAGCUCACAGUUCCGUGCCAUGGAGCGGGGAAACGGCAAACUUAACAUUCCGAAGCUAUAUUUGAAUCGCUAUCUGCGCCUCACGCCCGUUCUGGGCUUUGCCAUGCUCCUCUACGUGAAGUUGCUGCCGUACUUCGGGGACGGACCCAUAUGGGGCACUACUAUGUUCGAUGACUACAGCAUUUGCAAUAAGAACUGGUACCUGACGCUGCUCUACGUCCAGAACUUCUUCUGGGAUAAGUGCAUUUCCCAUUCCUGGUACUUGGCCGUGGACAUGCAGCUCUAUCUGUUGUCCCCCAUCUUUCUCAUUGCCCUCUACAGAUGGGGCAAGAAAGCAGCUGCGGCCAUUGUGCUGCUCAUCUUGGUGCUCAGCUCCUACCUCUUUGCCACAAUGAUUGUGAACAACUACUCCAUGCAGAUACGGGGCGAUGCUGUCAAGAGGGGCGAGCCCUUCAUCUAUUUUCCGAUCCAUGUGCGCGCCUCAACGUGGCUGGUGGGCGUCCUCUUCGGCUACUUCCUCUAUCUGACUAAGGGCAAACGCUUCCAGUUGAAUCGCCUCGUCGUGUGGACUUUUUGGUUGCUCAGCUUGAGUUUCCUGCUCGUCACCGUGUUGGCCCUGGAACCCUAUGCGGGCCUCAACGCCACGCCCGUGCCCAUUGUGAAUGAGGCCUUCUUCCUCAGUCUCACACGCAUCGCCUGGCCUCUGGCUCUCUGCUGGGUGGUCUUUGCCUGCAUGCAGGGUUAUGGCGGGUUGGCCAACAGCUUCCUCGCCUCACCUCUCUGGCAGCCGCUGUCGAAACUCUCUUAUUGCGCCUACAUUUUUCACAUAUUCUUCGAGAACCUCAACUCGGCGCGCACUCACACAAACACCUAUUUCUCCGACUACGAUGUGAUGCUGCGAUUCUGGGGCGACUUUGGCUUCACGGUGCUGCUCUCCUACGUCGUCUACAUUCUGGUCGAAGCCCCUUGCUCCACUUUGGUAGGCUGGUGGCUCUCGGACGCGAAAAAGCCCAAGCCAAAGCCUGCAAUAGUGCCAGCGAGCACAGAAGCUGCCUAGACAGUAGUUAUUAUAGGAAAUCCACACA